AUGUGGGGUGGUCUUGUAGUCUACCCUGAGACGACGGUCCAAGACCAGUUUGAGGCGCUCAUCAACUUCUCCAACAAUGUUGACAAGAACCCCAAGUCGGCUGCCAUUGUUAUGCCUGUCUAUCAGUCAAACAUUAGCUCUAGCUUAAUACUCAACGUCUAUGAUCAUGCUGAGCCUGUCAUUCGCCCUGCAGCUUACGAUGAGUUCCUUGCAAUUCCUGGCAACAUCUCUGACUUGACCGCAUUAACAAACAUGUCUGAUCUUGCAGCUGCAUUGACUGCACCGACAACCUCGAGAUUUCACUUUGGGACUCUUACCUUCGCCAAUGAACUGCGUGUCAUGACGGAGGCCCACAAGAUCUACAUGGGGGUGUUGGAAAACCUCAAAGCGAAGGCAACAGGCGAGUGGCAGAUUGAUGGUUUGUACCAACCUCUCCCGCCUGCGUAUUGCAGGAUUAGCGUCGCAAGAGGCGGGAACAUUCUUAGCUUGGAACGAUUCAACGGUCAAACUCUGUGCUGUAAGUGA